GGCUGCUCAAGAGAAGCAAUAGAGGCCUAUGAUUGGCUGACAACUGUUGAUAAGGCGGGAUCAUUUCAGCUGCGACUGUCAAGAUUGGCAAAGAGCUGGCGCUGCUGCGUGCAGGUAAAAGGAACAAGCCACACAAAACAGAAAACAUUUAUCUUGGCAGAAAGCGAGGAGAGCGAUGGAAACGGACUCUGCACGAGGUAUUUAAGUCGAUGAGAAAGCGCAACACCUUCAGCUUCUUGGAAGAAAGUACCGUUGUGUCAACCGUCGUUUGGCUCCCGGGCACGCAUUGUAUAGCAGGCAACUUGGACAGCUGCGUGUUUUCAGGCAAACCAUCAACAAAGAAUGAAAGCAUUCAAACGAGCUCUAGAAGAAGAGAAUCGCCUGGAGCAUGAGCACUCCUCUGCUGUCUCGGACAGUGAUGAUGGCUCCCCGCUCGACCUGUCAGGAAGGGGGCUCUUUGGGAAGCGCCGUCGCCGCGGCAACCUGCCCAAGGAGGCAGUGCAGAUUCUGCGGAGCUGGCUGUACGACCACCGCUUCAAUGCCUAUCCGUCAGAACAGGAGAAACUCAGUCUGUCAGGCCAGACCGACCUCUCAGUGCUGCAGAUAUGUAACUGGUUCAUCAAUGCACGUCGCCGCCUCCUCCCUGACCUGCUUCGUAAGGAUGGCAAAGAUCCCACUAAGUUCACUAUCUCCCGGAAGGUUGGCGGUAAAAGUGAAGGCCACUCGUCUAAUGGAGGUGGAGCCAGCUCUCCAGAAAGCAACUCUUCCAACUCAUCUCAGCAACGCCCGUCUGUCAUCCGCUCUGCCCCAACACUGGACCUCAGCCUUCUUGGGAGCACAGCAACCGCGAUUCUGACAGGAGCAGGCUACCCUGGUAAGGAAGGGUCGGUCCAGGCGCUGAUGAAGCUGGACACACAAAGUCUUCUGAGGGAAGCAGAGGAACAGAGGGCAAACAUGGUUUGUUUCACCAGCACAAUAAUAGCAGCUAGCCCCACCAGUGGCCUCUUCAACACGCCUCCCCCAACUCCUCCUGAGCUGUUUCCCACCCAGGACUUCAGCGACUUGAGGCUUCUGGUUGAUGCUGCUCUGCAGAGGGCAGCAGAACAGGAGAACCAGAAGAGGCUCCAGGAGAGCCAGACCAGACCUACAGAGGCUGGAAAGACUGCAGUAGUAGAGUGCAGUUUCAUAGGGCCGAAGCCACCUCCAGAGGACAGCCAACAAGUCAUGGAUCCUUCCCAGGUGCAGAGUCUGAUGGAAAAGGCUAUGGCUGUUCAAGUGUCUGCUACAACUUCAGCAAAUACUCCAGUGCCUUUGUCUUUAGCAGCCUCUGUACCAGUCACAGCUCCCACCUUGGUCUCAGUCCCAAGGCUGUCUCCUCUUCUGAUGAAUAAAGUAAUCUGGAGCCCCUUGGAGAGGGAUAUUGCCAGAGCCUCCAGCCCAAACCAGCCUCCGCUCAUCCCAGCCCACCUGCCAACUGCAGUGCCAGUGUCUGCCUCCGUUUUUUCCGGACAGCCAAUUUCUCAGAAACUAGCUGCUACUCCAGUCAGCACCCCAGCUUCAUCUGCUCCAGCCUCCAGCUCAGUUUCAGCUACAAGGCCUGUCUCGCUGCCAUCACCAGUCUUUGUCUCGGCCACAAGUCACGCCUCUGUCACUUCCGCAAGCCAGGCAUCAGCCCGCACUGUAGCACAUGUUCCAGGUGCUCCUUCUCCAGCUGUUGCCUCUUUCACAGACCCCAGAGGAGUCCCACUUUACCUGCCACUCAACAAAUCUCCCAUAAUCCCAGUCACAGCUCCAUGUCUAUCACCCAUUUCCACUGCAGCGUUGUCUCCAUCCCCUGUUCACAACCCAGUCUUUGCCUCCGCCCAAACUCCAACUCCUCGCCCACCUCUUCUCGGCCUGGCGUCUCACCUCACUGCUUCUCUUCAGCCUUCCUCCUCCACCAGCAGUAGCAGUAUUACUAGUGCACAAAGGAAUUCAGCAGUGGUGCCCAGUGUUUGGAGCAUGGUCCAUGCUGAUACCAGGCAGCCAAGUUCUCUUCAAGUGGUAAAGGCCCCCAUCACCACAGCGUGGGGCCAGCAGCACAACCUGCGCACAGUGAGUGAAACUGUGAACUAGGAGCUGGAUUUUCUUCUUCUUUUAUGUUUGUAUGUCUGGGGAGGAGAGGUGCCAAACAUUGCUGUUGGCUGGACAACACUGUACAUAGGAGAAUGUAUCUUCAUCACCAAUCCCCUUUUAUCAUUAACUCCUGUGCCUGCAGAAUGCAGGGAAUGAGAUCAGAUGUAUGAACUGCAACAAAGUAAACUUUCAAACAAGCGGUGUUGGAGACUUGCGGAUUAAAGCAACUUUUUAUUGUUAAAAAUGCUGUUUUGAUGGCGGCACCUGCCAGUAAGAACACUGUCUUUUCUAGAAAGAACCAUUCUUCAGUGCAGACUGAAGGUAUUGUACAAAGCUUUUGAUGCUAAUUUCAAAUCUCUUUCCACAUUACAAUUUUAUGAAAUGAGGAAAUAUCCUUAAUUGUACAAACUGUCAAUCUGUCAUUUUCAGGACCAGCAGUUAGCCUCAUCAGUAGUAGUACUGGACUGUAUUGAAUGUACAAAAGACACUGAUAUGAUUGGCUAGGCUGAUUUAUCAUCCAUUUCCCUUCAGGCUAUAAAGGACAUGAGUUAGUUUUCUUUCCCACGCACAGCAACAUCGUCAAAGUCCUCUAUAGUACUAACAGUUUUUUUUUUUUUUUCUUGGAGAUGAGAUGAUGGGGAAAUUGAUUGUCCUACAGCAAGUCUGACCAACUCUCCUCAAUGUGUCUCAUCACACCCCGCCCCCUUCUUCCUGUCUUUUUAUAGCUAGGGGGAUUCAUUGGCCCUCAUGAAUUAUCAUCUCAACCACUCAUACAUGCUGUCAAGUACCACAAUUUUUUUGCAAUUUCCAAUCCUAUAAAAACGAGCCGUAUUUUCUAAUUUUUGCUGAAGCAGUAAUGUUUACUUUAUGCAACCUCGAUUGGUUGUGUGAUUGUGAGGGCAGUGGAUAUAGGAUGAAGGGGAGAGGAUCACAUUGUAUCUGUUACAGAAGUCCAUUUCAGUGGAGAGUUGAACAGCUAGGUGAUCUGAUGACCUCAAGCUCUUGCCACGUCUCGACUGGCGUUACACUUGCUGCGAGGGUUGGCAUAUCUGUUGUGGUGCAUAACACUUUAAACAUUGGAUCCUCUUAUUAGGAGAUAAACUAAUUAUAUUGAUUUGGAGCAUUAUACUCUUCUAGUGGAAAGAUUAAUUUAUGUGUCUAGUGUCUCUGCAAAGCAAAUUUUGCAGCUUUACUGAAAUGGCUUCCAUUUGCUGGGGGGGGUUCUACCCAGAGGGUACACGGCAUACCAAAUCAUGUUUUUCCACAUCAGUAAUUUCCACCUGUGUUUAGAAAUGGUUUCUAUAGAGUCUCUAAUCAUUCACAAAGCUGUAGUUUCCAUGAAACUGUUGUAGCAUAAACCACAAUAUAUGGCUGGAUGCCAUUUAGGCAUCCAACAAUAUGUGGAAAGGUUCCUGUGUGAUUGUAGAGCAGGAUUGUGCAUCAAAUCUUCAAUACUGUAAUGUUUAUCAGUGUCAUUGAGCGUUGUGUAGUAACGGUUACAUUUUACAUGUUCAAGAAGUUGGAGAAGACGGGCAAAAGAUCCAUCCCCAGAAAAACUUUGUUAAUGGCAGAUAUCAUCUGUUGUCUUUUCACUUUUUGUCCCUCACUGCCAGUAAUGCCAUGUGGCUGUCGGUGGCGUUUUAGUUUAUUUUUAUUUGGUUACAGGUAGACUAGACAUCACUAGGAUGAUCACUUAUACCUCAAUUUACACAGGUCAUGUCAGACUUGGGUCAUUUGUAGAAUACUAAGUAUUAAAGUAAUAUUUUAAUUGUUCAUACUACAUCAUGCCACUGUGACAACACCUUAUUGGUUGAGAUACUGGAAAUGGCUGGCUAAAGAUUAGGCCAGUAGGUAUUUUAUAGCAAGGUGUGUGUGGUGUUUUUAUUUUUUUUUAAUGCAAAAUGAUGCUCCAGACAAUGUGAUGCAUGUAGAUAUUUUCAAGGUUGUUUUUUCUAUUGGCAUUAACUUUAUCAAACAUUUCCUUACAGCCAAAUGCAUUCAAUUUCUUUUAGUUUUUUUCAUGUUUGGAAUCAUGACGAACGUUGACCGUAUGACUGGCUGCUGUGCCUUAAACCUACGACUGAGGGAUAUGUCCCUUUUUUAUAUAAAACUUCUCAAUAGUCUGUGCAAUAUAUGCCUUAAACUUUAAAUGUGUUUUUUUUUGUAUGAGCAUUUCAAAGAAAUAAAGUUCAGUUUUUUAU